GUUUAUCAGCUUUCUAUUGGAGCUGCAUGUGGGCUUUCCUGGCCUUCUGAUAGGAUCAUAAUUCAAGUUCUUGAUGAUUCAACAGAUCCAACCAUUAAGGAUUUGGUGGAGCGAGAAUGCCAAAGAUGGGCAAGCAAAGGAAUAAACAUAAAGUACGAGAUCAGAGACAACAGAAAUGGGUACAAAGCAGGGGCUCUCAAAGAAGGCAUGAAGCACAGUUAUGUCAAACAGUGUGACUAUGUUGCCAUCUUUGAUGCUGACUUCCAACCUGAACCUGAUUUUCUCUACCGCACCAUUCCAUUUCUGGUCCACAACUCUGAUAUUGCCCUUGUUCAAGCUCGCUGGAAAUUUGGUAAUCUUAUGAUUAAUCUUGUUUUAAUU